GUCAACGAUGUCGUUGGCAAUGCCUCAGACAUUCGAGCUACGAUUACCGUACGCAAUGAGGUGUUCUGGCUUCGUGUGCUCAUUACGUCCGACCUUGGCUUCGCAGAAGCAUACAUGAUGGGUGAAAUAGACGUAGACGACUUGACGUCGCUUUUCAUGUUAAUUAUCUACAAUCGAGACUCGCUUGCAUCCGUAUCUUCAUUCAAGUCAUAUCUUUCCUACAUCCCCACCUUCGGUUCUCGCAAGCUGCUCGACCUCACGGCAUCAUUGGCGACGCUCGACAAUGCGAAAGCCAAUGUCUCGGCGCAUUAUGACAUGUCUAACCGUAUGUUUGAAGCGUUCCUCAGCAGAGACAUGACAUAUUCCUGUGGUUUCUUUGAGUCGAUAGACGAAGACUUGAUGGAGUGCCGAAAGGGCGAAGAAUUGCUCGGUCUUGACCCCCUGGAACGAGCCCAGCUGCGCAAGCUCAGACACAUAUACAAUAAGGCCGAUAUUCGAGAUGGACACAGGAUCCUUGAGAUCGGGACUGGAUGGGGGUCGUUCUCUAUUCUUGCUGCAACCCUUUCACAAUGCACCAUCGACACUGUAACCCUCUCAGAACAGCAAGCCGCGCUCGCCCGAGAACGCAUUGCACGAGCAGGUCUAGAAGAACGGGUUCGCGUCCACGUUAUGGAUUAUCGCAAUAUUCCUUCCGAAUGGGGACAUCAAUUCGACCGCUUCGUAUCAAUCGAAAUGAUGGAGCAUGUUGGAGCCGAAUAUAUGGACACGUAUUGGGGUAUGGUCGACCGAGUGUUGAAGAAAAAUGGAGCCGGUGUUGUCCAGGUAUCGACCAUUCCCGAUGCUCGUAUCAAAGCGUAUUCGAAGGACAUUGACUUCAUUCAAAAAUGGAUAUUUCCGGGCGCUUUCGUGCCCUCGGCCAGUCAGCUCUUAACCACUCUCAACUCCGGCAGCCACGGUCGCCUCGUUGUCGAGUCCGUAGGCAAUAUCGGUCCUCAUUACUCAAGAACCCUUCGUGAAUGGCGCCAACGGUUCUUGACUAGCUUCGAGAGUGUUGUUAUAUCGGAACUACGGCAGCAGUACGGUGUAGGACGGGCUGAAUGUGACAGCUUUCAGAGGAAGUGGAACUACUAUUUCUCCUACUGUGAGGCAGGAUUUUCCACUCGCACUCUUGGUUGUCAUAUCAUCUCCUUCACGCGCGAGGGCAAUAUCGAGCUUGGUUGCGACGUUUACUUCCAGGGGAACAUCUAA